UUUUGGCCGAGUCAAGAGUGUUACAAGAAAAGUUUUUUUUUUUUUUUCUUUGAUCAUGGCAAAUUCGAAAUUUGAAUAUGUUCGUCAUUUCGAACUUGCUGAUAAUCUACUACCCAACACUUGGCUUGUUGUUCGUAUUGAUGGUCGUGGAUUUCAUAGAUUCUCUCAAACCCAUCAAUUCGCUAAACCCAAUGAUAAACGAGCUAUUGAUCUGAUGAAUCAAUGUGCUAUUGAAGUCAUGAAAGACAUCAAGGACAUUGUGUUGGCUUAUGGGCAGAGUGAUGAGUAUAGUUUUGUGAUCUCCAAGACAUCCAAUCUGUAUUCCCGUCGAUCAAGUAAAAUAUGCUCUACCAUUGUCAGUCUAUUUGCUUCUAAUUUUGUCUAUCAUUGGUCCACUUAUUUUGAAGACAAGUUACAGUAUCCACCAUGCUUUGAUUCAAGAACCAUUUGUUACCCGAAUGAUCAAGUCUUGAGAGACUAUCUCAGUUGGAGACAAGCCGAUUGUCAUAUCAACAACUUGUUUAAUACGACAUUUUGGACACUAGUUCAAUCUGCUGGUAUGACAGAAACAGAAGCAGAGAAGCAUUUAAGGGUAAAUGACUAUCUUUAAGGGGGGGGAGGAAUGACUUCAUUCAUGUUGUAUAUAGGGUUCAUUUGCCAAGGAUAAAAACGAAAUCUUAUUCAACCACGGUAUCAAUUAUAACAAUAUCUCGCCUGUCUAUCGAAAAGGAUCCAUCAUCAUUCGCCAAAAGACACAAGUGACUUCCAUUUCCCCUCGAGAUGGUCAAUCUGUGCAGCGUAUCAAACUGAUACCGACAGCCAUCCAUGAAGAUCUGAUUGGACAAGCAUUUUGGGACCAACA